UGGGGUGGAGCAGGAAGGAGGUUCUUGAGGACAGUGAGAGAAGAAUAUUUGCCCAAGGCACCUAUUUCAUCAUGCAAAUUCUUCUGGGAUAUUUCCUCUUCUCUGUGCUUCUAAGAACAGGUGCAACUUUCCAAUGUAAAAGGUGUCGAGUGGAUGCUGCAACCUGCACAGCCUCAUUACAGAACUGUAACGCAGGUGAAAAUUCCUGCGUGAAGAGGCUGAGCCAAGACGUCACAGGUGAAAAAACACAAACCAAGGUAGCGAUGGCUUGCAUAGAGGCUUCCCAAUGCACGAAACAGUUUAUCGAGCUGUCUUAUGAAAAAGGAGUUUACGCAAGAGUACAGUAUGAUUGUUGCAACACUGACGGCUGCACCCCUCCCACCACAAUAAUGCCUGCAUUAAACACCACCGUCAAUAAGAAAUAUUGUCCAGUCUGCUCUUUAGAGACAGGUACCUGUUCAGGUGAUGUUACUCUGGAAUGUACUGGAUCUGCAACACAUUGUUUUGCAUCUUCCAUUCUUAAAGUUUAGUUUGGCGCUCCCAUUUCCCCAGUUUUGGCCAUUUGGAGAUAUUUUGAUUUUCUUUUUAUUUUGAGCAAGUCAAAGAAACGUGAGAUUGAAACAAGAUCUGGCAUCGAUUUACGGAAGUUGGAUGUUAAGGCUUCAAUAAAUGUUGACACAAUACUCACAUCCGUGCAGCUUUCAAA